AUGGAAGGAGGCGAGCCUUUGGGUAGAAGGUUGUUUGCUGUGUGUCCACGUGUAUUGCUGUCAGAGGAUAGUAUCAGCGGUGGUGUGCGCAUGAUGUAUGACCUCGGAUCGUGCAUUGUGCCUGGCAGUACUGUGGUCCUUGGUGGUACAGAGGCUAGGGCUUCACGCGUCAUCUCCGAUGGUUCAGAUUCUAAAUUUUUUGAUGGUUCAGAUUCCAAAUAUUUCGGUGAUGCAAUUUUCCGUGUUGAUUGUUCCUCAAGGGCUGUCCAUGGCGAGGCUCACAGGUGGGGCUCAUAUGCCAAAUUAUAUCCCAUGGUAGGUUUUCCAUCUGGUUCUCCAUUCAGGGUGAACUAUUGA